GGGUAGCCCCACUUCCGGGCCGGUGUGUCAAAAUCUAGCGACUAAUCUUGACGUGUGGACUUACCCUGAUUUCAAGUAUUUCUGUCCUUGUCGUGAAUUAGAUCUUGUAUUCCUCCUGUUCAGUAUAAGAUCGUGACGAACUACCGUUCCCAUCUCAGCUGGUCCAGUUCUCCACAGAUAGCUCAGCUCUACACAGGAUGGCCAGCCCUCGGACACGCAGAGUUCUGAAGGACUUACGUCCAAAAUCAGGAAAUAAUAACUGUUUUGAAUGUGGAACCCACAACCCGCAGUGGGUGAGUGUGUCCUAUGGCAUCUGGAUCUGUCUAGAGUGUUCCGGCAAGCACAGAGGAUUGGGAGUGCACUUAAGUUUUGUUCGCUCGGUAACGAUGGACAAGUGGAAAGACGCUGAACUUGAGAAGAUGAAGGUUGGAGGGAACAACUCGGCCAGGGAGUUCUUCAAGUCUCAGUCUGACUACGACCCCAACUGGAGUCUUUCUGAAAAGUACAACAGUAAAGCUGCAGCCUUGUACAGAGAUAAGAUUUCCACAGAGGCAGAAGGGAAAACCUGGUCUGAACAAACCUCCUCAGCCAAAAACUAUGUCCCCUACCAGCCAACCAGGAGGACACAGACAUCAAACACACAAAACUUUGGUUCUGCUGGUUCUAAUACAAGUAAUAGUUCAUCGUCCUACCAGUCUGGUGGGCAGUUCUCAAGUGUUUCCAUGGAUGAAAUCUCUUCCAGAAAAGAAGAUUUCUUCCGUAGGAAACAGCUGGAGAAUAUGAAUAGACCAGAGGAUUUGCCCCCCAGUCAAGGCGGCCGCUAUGUUGGUUUUGGUUCCCACCCAGUCACGAAGUCCAGCAGUGACUCCGAUGCAUGGGCAGGAGCUCUUUCUUCACUCACAUCAACCUGGAGCUCAAUCUCCCUAAAUGCUGGCAAACUAGCAGAACAAGCGAAAGAAAGCGCGGUGAAGUUAAGUGCCACAGCCAGUGAAAAGGCGGUCAAACUUGGCUCAACUGUACAAGAGUCUUGGAAAACCGCUGAGGAAAAGGCAAGAGAAGGGAGAUUGCUGGGUGAUAUGGGCUCCUCAGUCACACAGUUAGCAACUAAGGUGUCUACAGUGAGUCAGAAAGGCUGGAAGGACCUACAGUCCAUGUUCACAGACCAGCCCCACAUGGCUGAUGACGGGGGACCAUCUGAAGGCACAACUCUGCUGGGAGACCCACAAGAACGACAGAAGAGGGAAGCACAAAGGAAAAUGGACCCUGACCAGUCAGACACACCACUUCUCCACUUGCACAGAGAAACGCCCCCUAGCAGUCCUGAGUGGAACUCCGACUGGGGCUGGGACUCCAACCCCACCACCACCGCAAACAACGGCGAGGCUGACAGCGCGGCGGACGCCUGGCAGUGGCUGGACGACAAGCAGGCCGCGAACAACACCAAGGCCACGAAAACCUCUCCGAAGUCAAAACGUUCGCCGCCGAAGGCAAAGGGUAAAACUGCGGAUAGCUGGGACGCCAUGUGGAACGACCAGGUAGAACCGGAGGAGCCGUCCAGUCCGGACUGGGAGAAGGGGUGGGACGACGGGGACUGGCUGCCCAUCAACGUGACGGAAGGCAAAGGGAGUAAAACCUCCAAGAGCGACUGAACACGACCCACUGUACCUCACGGUUUUCCCCCUGGCAUCUGCAUCUCUGAUAUUUGAGGGGAUGUUGUUGCCAACAACUGGCAAGGGUCAUGCCUGAUCAAGUUACCAGUUACAAAUUGGGGUGUCUAACAUAAACAAGAUUAGUAUUAAAGACUGAGCUUUAACUUCCAACAUUUGAGACUACAGAAAUGGGACUUACCCCAAA